CUGUGGCGACAUAGGCAGGCCGAUCUUCAGCAGCUUUACCUCACUGCCCUUCCAGCAGCAUCUCACCUUCAACCGGCCUCACGCGCAGCCACCACCGCACCGCGGAGGAAAACAAGAAACACGACAGAGACGGACAGUGGACAAGAAACCACCAAGAUAAAGCCACUCGGUCAUGAUAAUUAUGUAGGGUGUCGUUUUGCGGUUUUACAUCUAAUUUCGCUGCCCGCCUCUGCGACACCGAGCCAUCGUCCAGCUGCACACCAAGAAAACGCAUCCUCUGUCAGCUCGUCCGGAUAAAACCAGCCAACACCUCACAGUCCUCUCGACGCAGCAGGACGAAGUGACUGCGCUUCUCUCCUCGGUUAUUUUGACGGUCAGAAAGGCCCGAGCAGCGACGGGUCGCCCGCAGCCUCAGCAGCCUCUCCUCCGCUCAUCAGCAUCCUCAUCCUCCCUGAAUCUACGCAAUGGCCGAUAUCCCGGCGGAGUGCAACAUAAAAGUGCUGUGUCGCUUUCGUCCUCUCAACCAGUCUGAGAUUGUACGAGGGGACCAGUUUAUCCCCAAAUUCUUAGCAGACGACAGUGUCACCGUCGGGGGGAAGUCCUAUGUGUUUGAUCGAGUGUUUCCAACCAACACCACCCAGGAGCAGGUCUACAACACCUGCGCCAAGCAGAUUGUCAAGGAUGUUCUGGGUGGAUACAAUGGAACUAUUUUCGCAUAUGGACAGACCGCCUCCGGGAAGACCCACACCAUGGAGGGCAAGCUGCACGACCCUCACCAGAUGGGUAUCAUUCCUCGCAUCGCCGAGGACAUUUUCAACCACAUCUUCGCCAUGGAUGAAAACCUGGAAUUCCACAUCAAGGUUUCAUACUUUGAGAUCUACAUGGACAAAAUCCGUGACCUUCUGGAUGUGACGAAGACCAACCUGUCUGUCCAUGAGGAUAAGAACAGGGUGCCAUUUGUCAAGGGAUGUACUGAGCGUUUUGUCUCCAGCCCUGAUGAGGUGAUGGAUGUGAUCGACCAAGGCAAAGCUGCCCGCCAUGUUGCUGUGACCAACAUGAACGAGCACAGCUCUCGCAGCCACAGCAUCUUCCUGAUCAACAUCAAGCAGGAGCACGUGGAGACUGAGCAGAAACUGUGUGGAAAACUCUACCUGGUGGAUCUGGCUGGAAGUGAGAAGGUCAGUAAGACCGGCGCUGCAGGAGCCGUCCUGGACGAGGCUAAAAACAUCAACAAGUCUCUCUCUGCUCUGGGAAAUGUCAUCUCUGCUUUGGCUGAGGGCACGAAAACUCACGUGCCGUACCGUGACAGCAAGAUGACCCGCAUCCUGCAGGACUCCCUGGGUGGGAACUGUCGCACCACCAUGUUCAUCUGCUGCUCGCCCUCCAGCUACAACGACGCCGAGACCAAGUCCACUCUGAUGUUUGGACAACGUGCCAAGACCAUCAGGAACACCGCCUCCAUCAACCUGGAGCUGACGGCGGAGCAGUGGAAGAAGAAGUUCGAGAAGGAGAAGGAGAAGAACAAGACUCUGAAGGAAACCGUCCUGAGGCUGGAGACUGAGCUCAACCGCUGGAGAAACGGAGAGGAAGUACCUGAGACGGAGCAGACCACGGCAGACGUGGUGACCCGUUUCGAGACCAUCGAGGAGCGUCCCGUUUUAGACAACGACACCUCCUCCAUUGUGGUCCGUAUUUCUGAGGAGGAGCGGCAGAAAUACGAGGAGGAGAUCCGCAAGCUCUACAAGCAGCUGGAUGACAAGGAUGAUGACAUCAACCUGCAGUGCCAGUUUGUGGAGAAACUGAAGCAGCAGAUGAUGGACCAGGAUGAGCUCCUGGCAUCCUCUAAAGGCGAUGGGGACAAGGUCCAGGCUGAACUCAGCAGGUUGCAGGUGGAGAGCGACUGCGCCAAGGCGGAGGUGAAGGAGGUGCUGCAGGCUCUGGAGGAGCUGGCCAUCAACUACGACCACAAGAGCCAGGAGGUGGAGGAGAAAGGCCGGCAGAACCAGCAGCUGGCCGACCAGCUGUCCCAGAAAAUGGCCAGUCUGAUGGAGCUGGAGGCAGAGCUGUCUCGUAUGCAGGAGGUGAGCGGGCAGCAGAGGAAGCGCAUCGCUGACGUCCUCAAUGGUCUGAUGAGGGACCUCAGCGAGUUCAGCAACAUCGUGGGCAACGGGGAGAUCAAGCUGCCGGUGGAGAUUAGCGGUGCGAUCGAGGAGGAGUUCACGGUGGCUCGCCUCUACAUCAGCAAGAUCAAGUCGGAGGUGAAGAGCAUGGUGAAGCGCUGCCGCCAGCUGGAGAACAUGCAGCUGGAGUGCCACCGCAAGAUGGAGGAGACCGGGAGGGAGCUCUCCUCCUGCCAGCUCCUCAUCUCUCAGCAUGAGGCUAAGAUCCGCUCUCUGACGGAGUACAUGCAGAGCGUGGAGCAGAAGAAGAGGCUGCUGGAGGAGAGCCACGACUCCCUGAGCGAGGAGCUGGCCAAGCUGCAAGACCAGGAUAACUCCAUGUUUGAGGAAAAGGAAGCAGAGAAGGGUGAGAUUGAGGAUGGAAAUGUGAAGAAGGUUCCUCGUCAGCAGAGCGAGUCUCACCGUGGCGUCCACCACAAGCAGCUGGCCCGCCUGCGGGAUGAGAUCAACGAGAAGCAGAGGAUCAUCGACGAGCUCACCGACCGCAACUCCAAGCUGGAGCUGGAGCUGGCUCAGGUUCGCGCUGACUUUGAACGCCUCAAGUGUCAGGACAACACCAAGAGCGAGCGCCUGGAGGAGCUCUCAUUCCUGCACGAGCGUCAUGAGCAGACCAAACAGGACUUAAAAGGUCUGGAGGAGACCGUCGCCCGUGAGCUCCAGACCCUCCACAACCUCCGAAAGCUGUUUGUUCAAGACCUCACGUCGAGGGUUAAAAGAAGUUCCGAAAUGGAGCCUGAUGAUAGUGGGGGGUCUUGCACCCAGAAGCAGAAGAUUUCCUUUCUUGAAAAUAACCUGGACCAACUUACAAAGGUUCACAAACAGCUGGUACGUGACAAUGCAGAUCUGCGCUGUGAGCUUCCAAAGCUGGAGAAACGUCUUCGGUCUACUGCUGAGAGAGUUAAGGCCCUGGAGACUGCACUGAGGGACGCCAAGGAGGGCGCCAUGAUGGACCGCCGCCGCUACCAGCAGGAGGUCGACCGCAUCAAGGACGCCAUGAGGGCCAAGAGCGCUCAGAGGCGCCCCCAUGCAGCACAAAUCGCCAAGCCAGUGAGGCCGAAGCAGCUGCCCGUCUGCUCUCCCACCAACCCCUUCUACACUUACAUCCGGGCCACUGAGCACGCCAACACCUACAGCAACGCUCUCUUCCAGGGCAACGUGACACAGCCGAGCACCGCCAGCGUCAACUGCAACCCCAACUCUGUCCAGAGCAACACAGUUUCCACAGCGCUGGGCUACAGAGCAGGCAAAUACAAUGGAGACACACUGGAGUCCUUCCCACUCAACAUCGACAAUGUUGUUAUUCCAACAGGUAACACCAACAGUGAAACGAGAGACAUCAAUGACAACAGAAGUGAUGUUCACUGUGGCAGCGAGGUGGAUGAAUCAAACAGACACUUUAUCAUUCAGCAGGAGACCGCUGCAAGUUAAUACCAUGAUGUUGACCAAACACUGUACCUAUAAAGGACCCUCCCUUUACAUCUGCAUGCAGCCUGUCUCCCCGUCCCUCUACUGCAUAACUGAUGAAGAUGAUGAUGAAGACCUUUAACCCUGUAGUCUUCAAACUAGAUGAAGCCCCUCCCAUGAUGACCACGCUCACCCUCAGGUUUGCAGUUCAGUCCUCUCCAGUUCACUCAGUGCAGGAAGUCAAUCAAAUCAGAAUUUCUUUUUGAAUACAGAGCAUUCAAUCAACUCAUCCGACUCGAUGCCAAUCAUUUUGUGAGGCGAUAUCAGCGAUGCUUGUUACCUCCUGAGGUGGUUGAACUGAAACAGGGCUGACUCCAUCCCUGAUGCACACAUGUUGUAAAUAAUAGUGCUGUAUACUCCAGUAGAGGUUUUUGACCAGCAACUGUCUGUGUGAAUGCACAGCCUCCAUAAGCACACACCUCCUUAAGGGCAUCAUGCGGAUGACAUACUGUAGGCAGACGUGACCUUUUUCUCCGUCGUAAAUAAGAGUAUAGUGUGUAACGCCAGCUUGUAACAGAAGACCCACUCUCUGCAUGCAUGUCGCUUAGCGGGUUAGCUUUCAAAAUCUUUGCAUGUGUCCUGAUCCCAGUCAGGAGCCGGUAUGCUGCGAGUGUCUGAUCGACUUCGACAGAUGUCACAGAAAGAGAGGAAAAGAGAGUGCUGGUAUCCCUUAAUCCUGAUCAUGGUCUGUUUAGAUUUUUCUAUUUAGUGUGAAAAUAAUAACAAAAUACACAUCUAUGUCUAGUUGAAGCCCAGUCCUGAUUUACAGUCUUACUUUUCUUUUGUGAUGUUGCAGCUGUUUUGUCGCUGUUAUACAUUUCAGGUAACGCUGCCCACAUCUAUUUACCGUGGACCCCUUCUCCACUCCAUUGUGAGUCUUCAUACCGGGCUUUAACAACUUCUCAUAAUCACACUAACACGCUGCCAUGUGCAUAGAUCUGUAAUUACUACCUCUAGAGCUUCUCAUUAUAUGAUAUUACACUAACAUCCUUUCAGAAGCUCUAUAACAGCUGAUCUUAGUUUCUGUAGACAGUGUAGAACUUCAAUAGCUGUGAGUUGAUUUAAAAGCUCUCUUCAGGGCAUUAGUCAUAUUCUCCUGGAGUUUAUUCCUACACAGCUUCCUCCUCUAUCAUAUAAGAAACAGGAGAAGAGCUGGACAAUUGCUCUCAAAAUGUUUGAGUGCAGCAGUUAUUCCGUAUCAGGGCAGGUCAUGAUGACACUCAAAGAUGUUCUUAACUUUCUGGUGUUUGAUGCAUUUUCCUAUUUGGUACCUCUUAAGGCUGAAAUGCUAUUGUAAACUAUUGACUGUGUUAUCUCAAUUUGUAGUAACAUCUAAAACCCCUUUAAUAUGACUACAUGGAAAGUGUUCAGUGAUUCAGUGCUUUUUGAUCAGAGCAAUGGAAAGAUAGAGAGUUUCUGCAGACGCGUCCCCCGCUGAGCAGCCACCAGUCUUGGAUGAAUGGCCGUUUGGACAGAAGCUUGUUGUUUGAGCCUGUUGUCAAGUCAUGCUGUUAUUCUUCUGUAAACAAACCUGACCAGCCAAUCAGGAUAGAAGAAAGCAGUGUGGGUGACAAGGAUAGGUUUGUGUUUGGAUUGAGCUGAGUCACUGAAUUGAAGGACAGUUUAAACCAGACGUGUGUAAAGAAAACAUAACAAGCUUUUGCUCAUGAAAAUGUUUUAUAUUGAAGAUAUUUCUCUUUGUAAAGUUUGCUUUAAUACAUGGCAUGACUAUGUGUAAAUUAUCCCAAAUAUGACCCGAGUAAUUUGGGUGGAGGUCGUCUGAUCCUCAUUCAUGACAGCGCCGCUCUAUCUCAUGCUCUUACUGGCAUUAACAACAUCUCAGGGCUUCACAUUCAUAGCAAUCAUCCUCAACCAUCAUCCUAACCCUUACAACCAUGUGAGUGCUGAUGACCAAUCAGGUCGCUGUGUGUUGUUCGAGGCUUAACAGAUAAUACAUCUUCAGAAAAAACACCUAAUUUCACCCAUAGUGUAAAACAUCCUAGCACAUGGCAUCCAAAAUAAAGAAGAUAACUCUGGUCAGACCCUACUGUACGUGUCCACACAGACCCUCUAUUCGAUCUGUUUUAAUGAUAAUAAAUACAUCUGAAGGAGCGGGGAAUGUGUACUAUAUUGUCACCCACUGUCUGAUUUCAACAUAUCUAAAAUACAUGUGCUAUAUAUUGUUAAUCUUGUAAGUAAAAUAGCGUGCCAUGACAUAGUAUAAAGCUAAGAUAUGUACACGCUUACUUUGUUCAGAGAUAUGUUUGUUUUAUUUAUUUCUGUAUGCCUAAACUGUAGCGUCAACAUGAUUAUGUGAAGAAUCACAGUUCUGUAUAUAUAGUCUCAUCACUAUGCUGUAUUGUCUGUGAACCAUUGUGUUGUAGUAAAACGUUCAAUAAACUUGUAGAAAGGAG